GUCACAUGGUCGCUAUGGUUGAAGCGGCCCUUGGUCACGUGGCCGUCAUGGCUGUCGCCGCAUUCGGUCACGUGGCCGCGGCGGCGGUUGCCAUGGCAGCCGGGGCGCUCUAUCGCGACAUGGCGCGACACGCCGAAGCCCCGCGGCUCCCCGCUUCCCUCCUCAGCCCCGGGGCUCAGCCUCGGGCCUCCUCCGGGCCGUAGGAGCCAAACUUCAGCAGAUUUCUUUCUUGGGCAAAUGCAAAGCAUCCACAGGUCCGUGAUCUUCCCUCCCUUCAGCAGGGAAAGAGUGGCUCCUUUGCAGCUUCUUAUGAAAAUGUUGAUUGUUUGUGUCUUCCGUAUCUUUCACUCUUGACAAAGGUUGGCUUGUAGCAUCAAAGGAAAGAGAUUACAUUAUUUUGGCGGGAGUGCUCCACUUCACUUUGUUCUUCAGAACUUGGAGGGAUAUGAAGCCAAUUGGAAAAGCGCUUUGUGCUACAGGGAUUGUAGCUGGUCUCCUAGCUUUCUUCUGGAAAGACCCUUUUAACCCAGAGAGCUUAUCUGGUGCCCGUGUUCUCCUGACUGGAGCCAGUGCUGGGAUUGGAGAGCAGAUGGCCUAUCAUUAUGCCAGAUUUGGUGCUGAAAUCGUUUUGACUGCUAGGAGGGAAGCUGUGCUGCAGAAGGUAGUGGAGAAAUGCCUGAUGCUUGGAGCAAAGAAAGUAUUUUAUAUCCCUGCAGAUAUGUCUUCCCCUUUGGAGCCUGAAAAAGUGGUUCAGUUUGCUGUCCAAAAGCUGGCAACAAGAUGCGUACGACCGAGUGCCUUGACCGUGCGUCCCUGUGGUGGUACAAAGGACAAGAACUACCCACUGCUGAGUCCUCAUCAUGUCUUCUGGGUACUUGGGGGACUGGAUUACCUGGUGUUGAACCACAUUGGUGCAACUCGUUUCCAGAUCUGGGCUGGAGAUGUGGAAUACACCCGCUGGCUCAUGCAGGUGAAUUUCUUCAGUUAUGUGGCACUUGCAACUGCAGCUCUUCCCACCCUGGAGCAGAAUAAAGGCUCUCUGGUGGUUGUUUCUUCCCUCACAGGGAAAAUACCCACUCCCUUCACCACUUCUUAUUCUGCCACCAAGUUUGCACUGGAUGGAUUCUUCAGCUCACUGCGCCAUGAACUCAUGAUGCAGAAGAGAAACGUCUCUAUCACACUGUGCAUUCUGGGCCUGAUCGAUACCGAUUCGGCUUUAGAGAAUACCAGGGGCAAAGUGCACCUCACUGCUUCUCCUGCUCCUGAAGCUGCGCUCGCCAUCAUCCAGGGGGCUGCCACACGGGUCCAGGAGGUUUUCUACCCAUGGUGGCUGCAGUACGUAUGCUACCUCUGGGUUUUGUCCCCCUAUGACCGGGAUGGGGUUUUACAGAGCUACUAUAAUUACAGCAGCCCUUAAGGGAUGCCCUGUCUCAGUCUCCUUUCCCAUCCUACAUCCUUUCUAAUCACAUUCCCCCACCCCAUUAAGCAUCCCAUUCAACUAGUGGCAUCAGUGAUGGCAAAGUAACCUUAACUCUUCUCAAAAGGCUCUUCUUGGUCUUCCUCUCCUCCUGCUUCAGCCACAGCUCUGAUAUUUCUACCUGUCAGUCAGAUCUUUCCCAGUCUUCACUCUGUCUUAGCCCUCCGCCUCUUUCCUUCAGCCUCACCUCUCUGCUUUUCCUGCCUCCAGUCUUCUCUCAGCUCCAGCUUUAACCUCUUUCUGUAUGGGAUGUCCUGGAAUGUCUGUACACUCUUGGGAUGUCCUGCUCCACUGCUUCAUUGUUUUGUGGAUUCUGUGAACCUUCUUGCUUCUUAUAAAUAGAAUUUUGAUCUCUACUUUAAUAAAACUUUUUCUGUAUCAGUGUUAACAUCUUAAUGCUUCUGUGAGCACAGGCCUAUUGGUUGAUGUUUGCUGGCUGCUUGGGACUUGCUAAAUCAGCUCUUCCUUGCUGUAAGUGCCAAGAUAGGUCGAUGAUUCCUGCACUGAACACGAGAAAUAACGUAGAGGGAAUUCUUCCCUAACACAUUGUUUUUAUGGAUGUAUGUAAGUUCCUGCAGCUCAGAAAAAGUGUCUCUGCUUUAAUCCUCCUGGGCUGGGGAUGGGUAAAAGAUUCUCUGUGGGCUCCUUGGUGCCUGAGAGGGUGAUUAUUUGUAUAUUUGUUCCUAACUACAAUGCAUGAAUCCUGAAAGAAUUUUAAAUAGCUUUGAAAGCUUAAACAUUUUGUAGAAACUUAUUUGGGGGCCAACAGGAAAGCUGGGGAGGGGCU